UCGAGACCCACAGAUCACUUCUGGGGUGUCUGUGAAACAUAUGCAGCGAUUUCUUUUUUUUAUUUUUUACUUUUGCAUUUCAUACAUAUUCAGAGACGCUCAGUCCCCUUCAAUGAUGUCUGCAGUGUGUUAACGUGCCUCCGAGACUGCUGUUUAUCUGCAGAGCUCAUCUGGCCCCGCUCGAGAGCUCCUGCCAAGGUCCUUGAAUCUGCUUAUCGUGUUGAAACUGCCGCGGUGUUUCGUGAGUGAAAAUGGCGCCUGCCGUCGGUGGUCCUCAAGGCUACACGCCACCCGAAGGUGGCUGGGGAUGGAUGGUGGUGUGUGGGGCCUUCAUCUCUAUUGGUUUCUCCUAUGCAUUCCCCAAGUCCAUCACUGUCUUCUUCAAAGAGAUUGAGGCGAUCUUCAAUGUGACCAGCAGCCAGGUGUCCUGGAUCUCCUCCAUUAUGUUAGCAGUCAUGUACGGCGGAGGUCCUAUCAGCAGCAUCCUGGUCAAUAAAUAUGGGAGUCGUCCUGUGAUGAUGGCAGGAGGAUGUCUGUCUGGGUUGGGCCUUAUUGCGGCCUCUUUCUGCAACUCUGUUCAAGCACUGUACUUUUGUAUUGGUGUGGUGGGAGGUUUGGGAUUGGCCUUCAACCUCAACCCUGCCCUCACUAUGAUUGGAAAGUAUUUCUACAUGAAGCGACCUAUUGCCAAUGGUAUUGCGAUGGCUGGCAGCCCUGUCUUUCUCUCCACCCUUGCUCCCAUUAACACCUGGCUCUUUGAGCAGUUUGGCUGGAGAGGAAGUUUCAUGAUCCUCGGUGGCCUUCUCUUCAAUUGCUGCGUCGCUGGUUCCCUCAUGCGACCUAUAGGACCAAAACCCAAACCUGCAGAGAAGACCACAGAGAGGAGGACUGUAGCGCAAAUGAUCAACAGCUUCAUCGACCUCUCUUUGUUCAAGCACCGCGGCUUUUUGCUCUACAUUAUGGGCAAUAUUAUCAUGUUUUUCGGGCUCUUUGCACCACUGGUGUUCCUCAGUAAUUAUGCAAAGAGUAAAGAAAUCCCCAAAGAGAAGGCAGCUUUUCUACUGUCUGUGCUGGCUUUUGUUGACAUGUUUGCCCGGCCUGCAAUGGGCAUUGUCGCUAACACCAAGUUUGUCCGGCCCAGAAUACAGUACUUCUUUGCUGCCUCUGUGCUGUACAAUGGCGUUUGCCACGUUCUAGCACCAAUAUCAGUAGACUACAAAGGCUUUGUGAUUUACGCCAUCUUCUUUGGGUUUGCUUUUGGCUGGCUGAGCUCAGUGCUGUUUGAGACUUUGAUGGACCUGGUGGGAGCCCAGCGCUUCUCCAGUGCUGUUGGGCUGGUCACUAUUGUGGAGUGUGGUCCUGUAUUGUUGGGGCCCCCUUUGCUUGGGAAGUUCAAAGACGUCUAUCAUGACUACAAGUACACGUACCAGGGCUGUGGGAUCCUCCUCAUUGUCUCCAGCGUCUUCCUGUUUGCAGGGAUGGGACUCAACUACCGACUGCUGGACAAGGAGAAAAAAGAGGAGGAGAGGAGGGCCAGGGUGGGAGGUAGAGAACAAAAGUCCAACAGGGACAAUGCUGCCAAGGAGGUGGCGGCAGCUGGGAACACAGAAGACACUGUCUAAUAUUCUGUACCACCUCAAGUUCGUCUGUGAGACACAUAUGUAUGAAAACCAGAUGCUUGAGUGAAACAUUCUUCUGUUUGAGAAAGAAUUGUUUUUAAAGACCACCGCAGAAUUCAUAGCUUCAUAACCUCACUUGCAAUUCCAUAUCAGAUAUUUACACACCAUUAAAUCCCUUUAAUGAACAAUCCACAUAAAAUACCUCUAAUAUGCUUUUAGGGACGGAUACAUGUGUUUGAUUAUUCAAGUUUGUUUUGUCUAUUAUGUCACUUACUUACAUACUGAUACGAUAUUAUGGUAUGUUUUAAAGCUCUAACUUCUUCUGCAGCACACCAUUUCUAGUAUUUUAACCUUCAAAAAUAUACCAUCAGAUAAUUAUUUUUUUCAAUAGGGAAUAUGCUAAUUGCGGCACUCUAUUUCUUAAAAGCGACUGCAAACAUUCUCUGUGAAAAUGCGUAAUUAUAGUGUUCACCUCACUUUGCUUGCCUCAAACACAUUCAUUUAGGACUUUUUCCUGUUUACAGGGACCUGAUAGCACUGUGCAGUUCUGGAAGGUUUGAAAGCGUCCUUGGUGCCAUUAUCACUUUGAAUAUUACGCAAAUAUAUUCAUACUAAUUCUCGAUUUCUCUUUUAAACAUGUUUUGCUGGUCCAUUUGUGAUGAUGGAUGAUGAGUAUUAAUAAUUUUGAGUGCAUUAAACCUUGUUGCAUAGCUGUGUGUAUUCACAUGAUGGGAAAAUGUGCCACUGACUGCA